UACCUUUGUAAAAAAAACAUUACUUCAGAUUUUUAAAUCAAAAUCUAUAAAGUAUGGGCUAUGAUCCCUUUGCCUAUGAAAUUGGACAUAAAAAGUUUUAGGGUUGAAGGAAGUCAGUUGAAGAAGACAGAAAGAAUAGAUGUUUUUUUGACGAAAAUCGAAGUGCAUGCAAUUUUAAAUAAAAAUACUGAGAGUUCUGGUUUCAAAGAUUCACUCACUAAAGUUUGUGCUAAAUAAAACAAGAUGUUUCGAUACGUACUCACAAUCCUCUUAAUAAAUUCAUGCUAUCGCAGCUUAGGUGUGCCUUCCACACCGAAGCCAGUUUCGGCAUUGUUGAAAGAACUUUCAGAUCGUUGUGAAAAUCAGUUUUUGAAUAAGCAAAUUAAGUCGGCCAUAGAUCAGUGUCCGCAAGACCCGCGGAAAGAAUUUAAAUGUUUGCUGUUUUAUGAUAUGGCCAACCGCUUGUGCUUGGCCACUAAUACGUCACAAAUUACUUUAAAGGAAGAUUACGUAGCCGAAAUUAAUAAGGAACAGACCUUGGACAAUGUGUGUUCAGAAGCGAAAAACUGGGUCCUAUCAAAAUUUACUGACUAUAAACUUUACUCAAGUAAAAUUCUACAAGUUGGAUGCUCUGAUGUUUGUGGUGUCGACGUUUGGACUAAUUUAGAUGUUAACUUUUAUUGUAAAUUUUACAAAUGGGGUGACGAAUUAUUGAAAACUCAACCACAUGUUGUGGCCAAUUCAGGCCAUGAGAGCAUAAUUAAGACCAUAUCUGAGCCAAAACAAAAUGACUCACUUGAUAUCAUUGUCAGUGCAGGAACUAAUGAAAAACCUAAAGACAAAGCUAUUCAGUCACCAGAAGGUUCAUCCAGUCCAAUUAAUGCUAGUUCAAAAUUACCACCAGUAAAUGAGCAAGAAACCCUUAAGCAAGCUAAGUCAAAUCAAGACCAGGAACUAAAAAGUGAUGUACUACCUGAAUUAAAACCCAAUGUGCCUCAGAAUGUAAUACCAAAUGCAUCAUCUGAUAAACAACCUCAAGUUGUCAAACAGGUUCCAUUUAUUGCUCCAGUUGCUGAGAAAAUCGAGAAACAUGAAGAACCAAAAUCAAACAGUGUAAUUGAAAAUCCAAAUAUCAACCCCCAAGAAGAUAUUGAUGACUACCCAGGAAAUGAUGAUUCUGAGAUUCCCAAAAAUGAUCCUGAUGCUGCUGAUGAAGACAAUGUGGAGGAUCCAGGUUUUGAGGAUGAUAAACAACAAAAGGAGAAAAAGGAUGAUAAGAUUAAUGCAAAGGUAGUGCCGGUUAUAUCAAAUCCUAACGAUCCUCCGCAAAAAGCAUCUAAAGAAGAAAAUGAACAGUUUGAAGAGAAUAAACAGGACAAUAUUAAAGUUGAACCAGCAAUGCCAUCAUUUAGAGAAGUAAAACAUACAGAGUUCUACCCGAGCACUAUCCAAGAUGGAUAUCCGGAUGACGAUCACUUCUUCACGUUUUUCCUGACCGCUGUUAUUUUGGUUGUAGUCAUUUACGUAUUGUAUUACAACAAGAGCAGAGUUGGAAAAUUGGUUCUCGGUCUGAUCGUCGAAGGACGUCAAGGUAGAAGGAGAAACAGCAGAGGUCAUGCUUAUCGUCGCUUAGAUACAUUAGAACAAGCUAUGAGUUCCAAUACUACAGCACCACCGAGCAAAAUCAUAUACUAAACUAUAUAGUGAAAAUAGCUCGUUUCUUAACAAGAUUUCAUGUUAUUCACAUCAAGUAAAACAUUUUUAACAAUACAAUAAAAGUCUGCUUUAAAUCUGCAAAAUUUGAACACAACAUUCUUAACAUUUUAUAACGUGUCUUUGUUUCCGUAUUCGAGCCAACUAUGCUCAACUUAAAGCUGCUAGAAAGUUUACGAAUAUAAAAUAAUAUCCUGAAAAUACGAUUUCAAAUAAAUUAAAAUUAUUGGAAAAUAAUAAUUUUGAAAAUAAUAUACGAUAUUAAUAAUAAUAAAAAAAAUUUUUUUUUUUUUUAAAUAGCAUCCUCAUUGGAAAUGUAUGACUAAUAUUUGAGGAGUCUAAUUAAUUCAAUUAAGUGUUGCCUGCAGUAAACUAAGGUUUAUUUUUUUAAUUGCACAUUCAUUUUGCCUAUGUAUUAUUUUUAAAAAAGUAUCUAUCGAUAUUAUAAAGUUUAAAACGGCUGAGUUAAUUAAUUGAUGUCGGCGAUCAAAUCAAACUAUAAUUAUUACUUUGCAUGUUUUUAAUGGAAUACAUUCAUUUAUUUUUUAUACUGUAGCCCUCUUUUGUUCUUUUCUGUUUCAGUGAAUGAAAAUCAAACAGUUUAUAAAUAUUACAGUACAGUUCAAUAUUUACAAAAUAGUUUUCUCAUGACUUGCCUUUUUAAUUUAUUUUCGACAUAUAAAUAAAACAAGGCUUGAAAUACUUGUGCGUAUUAGUUAAUUAUUUGGUGGUUGACAAAAUAAAAAUCAUGGUGAAGAAUAGUUUAUUCUCACUAGGAAUUUGCCAUUUUUAAUGAUAUGUAUAUUGUAAUGGCACGACUCCUUUCCCUUUGAAUUAUGUUGGCAUGUAUAAGAAUAGCAAAAUAUUUUUUCUCAAAAAAGAGGAUCUUAUAAUUCUUCAGAAUAGAUAGAUGACAGUAAGUUUGAUGAUAGUAUUGCUGCUCCGCUAACCGCAGCUUAGAUUUCUUUGUAUGAUCCAAUCGAAGUACAAUAUAGCUUAGAAUAAAGAUUAAGUCUAAAAUGAAUUUACUUAUUUGACCUGUGAUUUUAUUAACGAACGGAAAACUUAAUGCGAUUUUUUUAUUUGUACAUUAUUUUCGCGUAACAUUUAUUCCUAUUAAAAUUCCUUAUUUAUUUAACUUAUAUUUAUAUAUUUAAAUUAAUAUAAUAAUUAAAAUAAAUUAUGCAUAUAGGCAUGUAUGUUUUAAGUUAUCAUAGUACAUAAAGAUUAUAAUUAGAUACACUAGUCCAUAGUCACUUGUAAUGCGUUUAUUGUUGAAUGAAUAAAUGUCCAUUAUGUGUUAUGUGGUCUAAAAUCCACUAUUUGUUAUGAAAUAUUGUGUAAAGAUUUUGAUAAAAUUUUAAUUUCGGAUUUUAUCUCUUUUUUCACAUUAUUUCAGUAGAACAAUGAGUACAGGAGUUUAAUUAUUAUAUUCUCUAAAUUUCUCACUAUUUCAAAGAAAACCAUUACUGGUGAUCGGAAAAUGUUUUGUGAAAUUCGAUGUCCCCGCUUAAAGUAGUUGAUAAUUAUAAUAUUUGCAAUUAAUUUGCUAGAUUGUGUUUAGCGUUCAACUUACUGAUGUAAGGCCUCAUUAGCAAUUGAUUGGCUCGUGAAUAAUAUUGGUAUAGAGCUAAAUCCGAUUAAACAGAAUGUGGUUAGAAAAAUAGCUUUAUCGAUUUUGGAUUGUUUAUGAUUAUUAAAAACAUAAUUGACACAAGGAAAGUUUAUUGUAUACUAGUCCGGUCUAUUUACACAUUCAAGUUUACAUAAAUUCCCAUAAAGCUGAAUAUUGGCAUAGUUGUUCAAAACAUCAUUAUAAAGAAAAUCUCAAAAGUCCUCAUCGUUCCGAGGUGUGCUAAAAAUUUGGCACGGGGUCAAAGGUCAAAAAAAUGAGUUUUUUGCGAUUUUUAGCGAAACGGUGAGUUUUUUCGCAAAAUUACCCCAGUACAAAAUUGUAGAUCACAAAAUUCUCUACAAAAAAUAUAUCAAUAAUUUUUUUCCUAAAAGCCACCAUUUUGGAGAUAUAACGUUCCGAAAAGUUGGAUCAGUCGUAAUCCCUCUAUUUUGCACACGUUUCCACGCCACCUAUGAGGUAGUGUACAAAGCGCGUUUUUUUUAACGUGGUUUCCCCAGUAGGCCUAUUCCACGGGUCUGCUGAGAUUUUAUAUGUUUUAAAACUAUUGCAAAAUAAUAUUAUAUAUUAUAGUGGGCAAAAACAACGGCGGUGUAAUUAAAUAAAAUACUUAAAAUAAAAAGUUAGUCGUCUGAUUCAUAACUGUCCAAGAUUUCUGUUUCUUCUUCUUCUUGAUCUUCUUCUCCUUCUUCUUCCUGUUCAUCCUCUUGUUCUUCUUCUUCUUCUUGUUCUAUUUCACACGUAAACUGCCCCAAUAGCGAUUCCUGAUCGGUAUCAAACGAAUCUUCAAGAGUUGGUGACUCAACAUUCGAGCAUGAUCGGCCUUGACAGUGUGUGCCAGGGAACAAAACAGUCCAACUUUUCUGCAACCACAUUUUGCACUACACCCUUUCUUGCAGUUGCAAAAUAUUGUGUUGAGAAGUUUCUCAGGUGCUGGUGGAAGUAAAGUUUGAACUGGCUCUAGUGUAUUGUCGAUCAACUUCCAACCCCAGUCUUUAGGGUCCAGCUGAUUACCAAGCCACACUUGAACUUGGUAAUAUACCCGAAACAGAUGUUGAUGAGCAGCUACUGAGGUUGGAGGAAGAGAAGCUAAGUUGACUUGUUUUUUAUUACGCGUAUUUUUCACGAAAGAUGUGUAUCGCAACUUAUCUAAGCAAGUGGUUUUUUUGGGGGCUCCGUACAUAGCAAGAAGAAAUUGAACUCCGUUGGUGAUAACAUGUUGUUGAGUUGAAUUACUAUUUUUAAAAACUUCAGCACAUUGUAGUAAAUCUUUUUUUUCAAACAUUUUGAAAACUGUUGUUUUUCCUCUCCUGUAAAAAGCAGAUGUCGUAUCGCAGCCAGUUAUUGCGUGUAGAAACAAUACAUGAUUUUGACAUUUAGGAAAAUUGGAUAAACUGUUUGAUGAAUAUAUUUCCGAUUGAUUUUGGGCUUUUCCGGGUUUAAAAAAAUAAAUAAUUUUUUCAGUUGGAGUUCGAGCAGUAAGCAAGACGAGUAAAUCAUCGAGUAAACAUCCUCACCAACAACAACAGUUGUAUUUGUCACACUGAAUUUCUUUAUCGCUGUUUCAAUAAUCAAUACAUCAGCAUCAUCAUUAGCUUGUUCAACGGAUAUAUUCUCAGCAGUAAAUUUUGCUUUCAACAUCGAAAUAAACCUAGAUUUAUUGUGAUUAUUUGCAAAGAAUUUCUGUUGACUGGUAGGAACUGUCAUUGAUUCAUCGAAUAUAAUAUCAGAAGAAGUUGAUGAAGCAGCAUUUCGACGGCGUUGCUCUGCUGCUUUAAUAUUUCUCGUAUAAUCAUCAUAUCCGUCAAAUACGACAGUAACUCUGGAACCAAAAUGUCGACGUACAUAUUGAACGUAUUUAUCUAAGAUAACGUUAAAUGUUUCCUCGCUAUCCCACACCACUCGAUGUAAUAAGAAUCCUCCGUCAAUUAUGUACGUUGAAUUAGUGUUAUUAAUAUCAACAUUUAUAAUCUGAAAACAAUCGUAAAUAGCCGACUUCUGGGUCUUGCGCAUUCCAAUGUCAUCAAAUAAUGUUAACGGAUAAGGAGCUAAUUCAUACUCGAAAUAUUUCUCAAUUUCAUCUUGAAAAGCCGCAGUAACACUCAUACGUUGGAAUAAUAACACUGGGUCAACAGGUACUUUUUCUUCGUGAACUUUUACGGUGCUACUCAUAGCUAAAAGAGGAACAACUUUGUCAGCGCGUUUAAGUUUAAUAUCUUUAAAUGUCAGUCCAGUUAUUUUAGCAAUAGAGAUAAGCCCAAGUUCACGUGCUUUAUAGCAAUUAAUUGUAUUAUCACCAACGACACCACUUGCAAUCGAGAUGACUUUGUUAACCUCUGGGAAAGGAUCAUGAAUCGAGAACCACUCAAGAAGCAUUCGUAUGUCUUUAGCGUCUUUUUUUACACGUGAAUCACUGGCAUCAACAUGCUGUUCAGUCGUAUCCAUCCUAACAUUAGCAAGAUCUUCUAAUUUCUCACAAACUGUGUUCAUUGCAUGCAUGCUGUAAACCCAUUUACUGAUUACACUUUGUUUUGUACUUCUUCCUCGAGCAAUACCUCCAUCUGUCUUCAUGGCUUUCAUCAUAGACUGUUCGAUAACCAUGUCUGUAGAAGUUCCACAACUCAAUUUAUCUGAGCGUCUCACGGUGAAAAAUCCUUCGGUAAAUUUUUCGUAAACUUCAGGAUCCAUCGAGUCCUGUAAUUGCAUCAUGUCUUGUAAAUACAAGUGUGCAGAUUUAGCAUAUGGAAAAUGUCCUGACGAGUGGAAAUAAGGUAACAUUUCUUUUACACAACUUAAAUGAGCUUUCCAGUCCCCCAUACGCUCAGCUCUCAAAAAUUCUUUUGCAAGUGAAACCAUAUUAAAAUAUUGUAUCCAAAGUUGCGCUGUUGGUCCUCGUUCCUCAAAAUCUUUCAAUUUCAUAUUAAAUUUAUGAAGUAAAGCACCUGAUACUUCAUUAUCAUUUUCAAUAUCUGAAUAUGAAAGAGUGCUAUCUAAUAUAUGGUCAAUAUUUAUGAUUAAAUCUGCUCCCAUGAUAUCAUUAAUAUCUAUUGUUUUUAAUAUUGUAAUUGCUAAAGCCAGCUGGAGUAGUGUAUGUGCUCGAACAGCUCUUGCGUAAGCAUGACCAUUGAGCAUUUUUUCUAAUGACUUUGGUGCAUAGAUUUCUGAGAGUACUUCUUUUAUCCCGCUACCUUGCAUAAUAUAACCAAUUGCUCCGAGAUAAGACAUGAGUAGAUGAAAUCCUCCAAGUCUGACAAUAAUCUUCGAUACUUCAGAGCCGUCAGGUGCGGCUGAUACAAUUUCUCGAGCUUUCGCAUACAAGGGUUGGUCGAAAGUCACGAUGCAUACAGUGUGGCCGUAACGUUUCGCGUUCUCUAAUGCACAAAGUAAAGUCGUAUAGACAGUAUUAUAGUUACUAGCUGGUUGAUGGAUGAAUGGUAAAAAUGUAAUCUGAGAUUUUGAAUAAUUUGUAUGGUAAUUUGUUAAGCGCUCAAUAAAACCGUUCCAACCAGGUAA